AUGGCAAAUAUAGAAAUGAAUGACAAAUUUCAAAGUCCAAUUUCUAUUGUGGUAAAAAGUGAGCCAAUAGAGUGUGAUGUGGACAUUAAAGUGGAGCCCCCAGAUGAAGAAGCUUCAGUUGAAGUUACUUCUAGCAUUAAAAAGGAAUAUGAAGAAGGAACGGUUGAAAAUUUGACUGUUAAAGAGGAAUAUGAUUGUAAUGCAGUUGAACAUAUAACAGUGAAGAUUGAACCUACUUUUUAUAGUAGCGAUGAUGAAUUGGACCUAGCCAGCUAUGCCCUAGCUAAAUGUGAAGAGGCUGCUCAACCAAAUAACAAUAUACGUAGCUUGAGAACUCGCACAAAGAAACCACGGAAGUCAAACGAUAGUGAUGAGGACUAUAGGCCACCGAAAAAGAAGAAAAAGGUUAUAAAUGAAAUAGUGAAGAAAACAUAUACAAACAAGGCAAAGAAAAAAGAAAACUGCUACUCCGACAAUGUGACAAAGAACAUAGAGCUAGUGACCAUCACGGAGGGAGAGAGACAGAUAGAGUUCAAAGACCUCUGGCAGAGUCGCAGACACAUGCGGUACUUUUGUGAGGACUGCGCUAUAGGCUUCGUUAUGGAGGAGCCGUAUUUGUUGCAUAUGAAAAGCCAUGCGCCGGAAGCAGGCGAGUUGAUGUGCGACAUAUGUCGCUGUCGCGGCAACAACAAGGAGCAAAUGUACAAGCAUAAACUACGACAUUACCGACGCUACCGCUGCGCCAUCUGCCGGCGUGUGUUUAAAGACAAGGAGACAGCGUCGAGUCACGUGAUGAGCGAACACGUUCACGAAGCGUUCAUCUGUGGAGAGUGCGGCAAGGGAUUCAGGAGACCAGCCUACCUCAAGAAACAUGUGGCGCAACAACAUACAAUAGGGCAACGACACGAGUGUCCUAUAUGCGAGCGCGUGUUCUUCCACCGAAGCAUGUAUAACACACACGUUAGGCGACACAACGAAGAAGUCCGCAACCCAGUCACCCAGCGCUUCAUCUGCGACCUCUGCUCCAAGCAUCUCAAGACCAAGCAAGCGUUACGGCGCCAUCUAGCGGUACACGAAAGAACUAGCAACAUGCCGUGCUCGCUCUGUCCUUCCAUGUUUUAUACGAAGAAGGGACUAAGGCUACAUGAGCUCAACAAGCAUUCUGACGAUAAAGAACGUCGAAUGCUUCAGCGGUGUCCACAGUGUGAACGCGAGUGUACCACGCCCGCUUUGCUGAGGCAACAUAUCAGGAGGAUGCACACUGAUAGGACCAAGAAGUACCAAUGCGACGACUGCAAACGUUUCUACUGGAGCAAAGGCGAGUUACGCUCCCACAUCGUCUGGUCGCACGCCCCGAGCCGCGGCAAGCGCGCCCUCUUCUGCUGCGGGCGCGAAUUCCGUACACGAAGCAGACUUAAAGACCACAUAGCGAUACACCAUUUGGGGCACGAGAGGGAAAGGAUACAUAAGUGCGACCAGUGCGACAAGGCUUUCGCGGUGAGUUUUUAUUCUUUUCAAAAGUGUCUGCUGGAGCAAUGCGUCUGCUGGAGCAAAGGCGAGUUACGCUCCCACAUAGUCUGGUCGCACGCGCCGAGCCGCGGCAAGCGCGCCCUGUUCUGCUGCGGGCGCGAAUUCCUUUUUAUUCUUUUCAAAAGUGUCUGCUGGAGCAAAGGCGAGUUACGCUCCCACAUCGUCUGGUCGCAUGCCCCGAGCCGCGGCAAACGCGCCCUGUUCUGCUGCGGUCGCGAAUUCCGUACACGAAGCAGACUUAAAGACCACAUAGCGAUACACCAUUUGGGGCACGAGAGGGAAAGGAUACAUAAGUGCGACCAAUGCGACAAGGCUUUCGCGAACAAGCAAGUCCUAACUCGGCACAGGAAGAGCCACAGCGACUCCACGUACCCCUGCCCCGACUGUGGGGUCCGCUUCAAGUGCGAGGCCUACGUCAAAGUGCACCAGCAACUCAAGCACCUCAACAUGACCCGAGCAGAAAUAAAGGCUUUAAAACAAGCCAAAAAAGUUUUAAACCCACCGAAAGGUGUACGACCUCUGCCAGGGGCGCCCAACUUUAAUGAGCUACCAAAAGGUUUACAACCUCUUUCAGGGACGCUCAACAUUGAACCUCAAGAUUUAAGUGUGAGAAGUGAAAAAGAAAUAAGUUUUGAGACAGUGUUAGUGAAGCAGGAAGUAGAUAGUGAUAGUGAGAUUAGUGUGCCGCUGUUCGAUUUGGAGGAUUUGAAAAGUAGGGUGUGAUUAAAACAAGCCAAAAAAGCUUUAA